CGGCAAUUAAAAUAUGCCUUGGAGAAAAAAAUUUUAGCAGGCAGGCCAUUAGGCGUUAGGGACAGUCGCCAACUAGAAAAUAGCUCAAACGUCGUCGCCGCUUGUGCUACAAGAUUCUAUUCUGAUUCUUUUACCUUUGCUCCUUGUUCGUUAGAAGGGUUCGUUUAACCAGAUCAAAACACUUGAGAAGAAGUGCAUAUUCACCCUCUGACCAAAACCAAAGCAAAAACAAGUGAUGCCUUCUUCCAUCUAAGUUCUUGCUAUGCACAUAAGCUGCUUGAAGAAAUGGCCGACCUGAAUUUGGUUAUGCCUUGGCCUAGGAGCUAGGACUCGGACAUAAAGGGAAGAAGAAACCUAAUAAUUCUUUGGUUUCCCUUUUGCCUGUAUGGUAAUCUUUAUUUGUUAGUCAGUUCACUUCGAAAACGCUUCAGAAAAAAAAAAAAAAAAGUUGUCUACUUCGAAGAAGGAGUAGUGAAUUUUAAAACAUGGGAAAAGCAUCGAGGGAUAAGAGGGAUAUCUACUAUCGAAAAGCUAAAGAAGAAGGUUGGCGUGCUCGAAGUGCCUUUAAGCUUCUUCAGAUAGAUGAGGAAUUCAACAUAUUUGAAGGGGUUAAGCGUGUGGUAGAUUUGUGCGCUGCACCCGGUAGCUGGAGUCAGGUUUUGAGCCGUAAAUUAUAUAUGCCGGCAAAGCUUUCACAAGAUUCAAGGGAUGAUGAUCUUCCUCUUAUUGUGGCUAUUGACUUGCAACCCAUGGCUCCAAUUGAAGGUGUUAUUCAAGUACAGGGUGACAUCACCAAUGCCCGGACAGCUGAAGUGGUCAUUAGACAUUUUGAUGGCUGCAAAGCUGACCUGGUUGUAUGUGAUGGUGCACCUGAUGUCACUGGUCUUCAUGAUAUGGAUGAGUUUGUUCAGUCUCAACUCAUACUAGCGGGUUUGACUAUUGUCACACAUGUACUUAGAGAAGGUGGAAAAUUUAUUGCGAAGAUAUUUCGUGGAAAAGAUACAAGUCUUCUUUACUGCCAGCUCAAAUUAUUUUUCCCUGUUGUUACUUUUGCAAAACCAAAAAGUAGCCGCAAUUCCAGCAUUGAGGCAUUUGCAGUUUGUGAGAAUUAUUCCCCUCCUGAGGGAUUUAAUCCAAAAGACUUGCAUCACCUCCUGGAAAAGGUUGGAAGCCCCUCAGGCGUGGACGAUCUAGAUUGCAGCAGUGGGUGGUUGGAAGGCCCGAAUAAGGUUUAUAUUCCAUUUCUAGCUUGUGGGGACCUCAGUGGGUAUGAUUCUGACCGAUCAUAUCCACUGCCGAAAGGUUCUCAGGGCACUUAUCAGAGCUUGGACCCGGUACAGCCCCCAAUUGCUCCUCCUUACAAGAGAGCUCUUGAAAUGAAGAAAGCUUCUAAUCAUGGCAUCAAAGAGCUUGAAAAGCUCUCCUUGGAUUCUUGAUCUUCCCUCUGAAUUUUUUGUUUUUCAAUUUAUCUUUUUCCCUUACACAGAAUCUCAACGAAUUUUGAAGGGUUAAUUUUGUUGUAGUUGGAUAUUACUGGCAGACAUACAAUGAUUACCAUGUCCUAAUUAAUUAUGAUUUCUCAUGAUGAUCAAUUCAAUGUCUCAAAUCAUUGGUAGAUCUUAA